UAAUUUAUAUGGAAAAUUACCCCAAUAUGGCAUGAAGGCCUAUAGAAAGGAUCCUUGUAAAAUAAUUGGUUUUGGUGCCAAAAACCAUGCUGGUUUAUCGCAAGAUAAUCUUGAAGAAGCCGAAGUUUAUGUUAUUAGCAAUAAAAAAUGUCGCCACUUAUUGGGUUAUGUAUGGUCACCACAAAAGGGUGGCAAUACUGUGUGUGCAGUGGGUUAUGGUCAGGAUACAUGUCAGGGUGAUUCUGGAGGUCCAUUGAUAUGUAAAUAUAAUGGUGUUGAUUAUAUUUAUGGCAUUGUAUCACAUGGUUUAACCUGUGGUCUUAGUGGUAUACCAAGUGUUUAUACCGUAACAGGUCCUUAUAUUGAAUGGAUACGUUUGGUGAUAGGUUAUUAA